AUGCACCGCUUCAAGUUGUCCAGUGGUUUUGCUCCAGGUAACACUGAUGUUACUUUAAUCUACCGAUCCACGACCUCAAAACCCCAUACCACCUUCGAUCAGAGAUCACCACCUACUGCUUUAAUCACUCCACUAGGGUUAGUUACUUCCUCCACCGAUCAAUAUCUUCUCGAUUCUACUCUCACCGCUCAAUCACUUCAGCUAAAAGGGUUUAUCUAUGUCGAUUUUAUACCACUUAUGGAAAACACUGUGAAAGAGUAUAUUAUUGUGCCAUUGCUGAGAGGCUUCUUCUCAAGUGAACUGAGUACCAGAGCAAGAGGAUGA